AUGAAUGCCAUCAAAGAAAAAGAGUCUGGAGCAUGGUUACAUGCCUUUCCAUCAAAAAACAUUGGUAUGUUUAUGGAUGACAAAAGCUUCCAAAUCAGUAUUGGACUUAGAUUAGGAUGUAAUCUCUGCCGAGAAUUUCAGUGUGUCUGUGGUGAAAUCGUAGACAAGAGAGGUUUACACCCGUUAUCCUGUAUCAACAGUUCUGGAAGAUUUUUCCGACACGCUGAAGUUAACAAUCUGAUAAAAAAAGCUUUGGUGUGUGCUGACAUCCCAGCCCAACUGGAACCCACAGGUAUUGACCGAAAUGAUGGGAAGCGGCCAGAUGGAGCCACAAUCAUCCCCUGGAGCAAGGGCCAAUGUCUAAUCUGGGAUUUCACUUGCUCUGAUACUUACGCAUCAGUGACACCUUACCAACGUCCGCCUAAGCCUGGGACAUCUUUAGUAGUAUUGGGAGAUGUCAGUACAGCCCUUUCCGAACCAAAAAUGGUUGUAGAUGCUUGUCUUGCUGACACCCUACGGCUCAUUAACUACCAACUGAGUGACAAACCAAGUCCAGGGCCAGAGUCAGUAGCGUCGGUGUUGGCAGUAACCAAAAAUGGGUUUUUGCCGGCGAGUGCACCAACCAAUGUAACAGUCACUGCUGUGGUCUUCAACACCCAAAGGCGAUUGCUUCAGUUGAAGAUAUCUUGGAAAGUUCCACAAGGUGGUAAACAUCCACAGAGCUACAAUGUCCAUGUAGAACCAGACAGUAGAAAUCACCCAGCCUGCCAGACCGACCCAUACUACAGCCAUAUUCCUGAUAAAGAUGCAACAGAAUGGAAAGUUCCUGUGGACUUAGGAAGUUCCGUGCCGCAUGACAAUCUACACAUUCUACCCGGAUGUCGGUAUAAGGUGUCUCUUGAAGCCAAUCCUCAUGAUGGCAAGACAACUGUCGAAGUUCUUUACACGGUUCCAGAGUGUGUGGAGAAGGUUUGUACCUGUUUUCACGCCGCAGCCCUACCUCAGGCCCUAGUACGAGUGUCUUCUGUUGAUGAGACCACAGUUAACAUUACCUGGAGACUCAUCACUCGCUCUGCCGUGGCUUUUAACAUCUCUGCGUUCCUCGUAGGAGUGGGGAAAGAGAUGAUGCGUUCAUCCAACCUGAAGCCAGUAUUCAACACCAGCUGGAUGAGUGAGAUUCCCGCAAAGCCACUCAGGAGUGUGUACCACUUGUUGCAUGAAGUGGUGGGUCCGGGGCAUUACAUGGCAUCUGUCAAGGUGGUGGACUCAAGACAAUGUUGGGGAUCUGUCGGCAAUCAUACAUUUACUGGUGAGAUUACCGCAAAGCCACCCAGGAGUGUGUACCACUUGUUGCAUGAAGUGGCGGGUCCGGGGCAUUAUAUGGCUUCUGUCAAGGUGGUGGACUCAAGACAAUGUUGGGGAUCUGUUGGCAAUCAUACAUUUACUGGUGAGAUUCUGGCAAAGCCACCCAGGAGUGUGUACCACUUGUUGCAUGAAGUGGCGGGUCCUGGGCAUUAUAUGGCUUCUGUUAAGGUAGUGGACUCAAGACAAUGUUGGGGAUCUGUUGGAAAUCAUACAUUUACUGGUGAGAGUCCUGCAAAGCCACCCAGGAGUGUGUACCACUUGUUGCAUGAAGUGGCGGGUCCGGGGCAUUAUAUGGCUUCUGUCAAGAUGGUGGACUCAAGACAAUGUUGGGGAUCUGUUGGCAAUCAUACAUUUACUGGUGAGAUUCCCGUAAAGCCACCCAGGAGUGUGUACCACUUGUUGCAUGAAGUGGUGGAUCCGGGGCAUUAUAUGGCUUCUGUCAAGGUGGUGGACUCAAGACAAUGUUGGGGAUCUGUUGGAAAUCAUACAUUUACUGGUGAGAGUCCUGCAAAGCCACCCAGGAGUGUGUACCACUUGUUGCAUGAAGUGGCGGGUCCGGGGCAUUAUAUGGCAUCUGUCAAGGUGGUGGACUCAAGACAAUGUUGGGGAUCUGUUGGAAAUCAUACAUUUACUGGUGAGAGUCCUGCAAAGCCACCCAGGAGUGUGUACCACUUGUUGCAUGAAGUGGCGGGUCCGGGGCUUUACAUGGCUUCUGUCAAGGUAGUGGACUCAAGACAAUGUUGGGGAUCUGUUGGAAAUCAUACAUUUACUGGUGAGAGUCCUGCAAAGCCACCCAGGAGUGUGUACCACUUGUUGCAUAAAGUGGCGGGUACGGGGCAUUAUAUGGCUUCUGUCAAGGUAGUGGACUCAAGGCAAUGUUGGGGAUCUGUUGGAAAUCAUACAUUUACUGUUUCAGAAAACAACGAAUUAGCUGUAACUGGAUUCACGAAAAAUGAGGUAGUGUGGAUGACAAUGUUGCCAAGUGUGACUGUGGCUCUAGCCUUGUGUGUAGCUCUGGCGAAGAUGUGGCAACGCUGCUUUCUCUGGCUCAAUCGCCGUCUUCAUCCGCAGCCGCCUCACUGGACUGGGAUAUACAAGCCAAUCAGUUUGGAUAGUGGACGAUCUGCAAGAGUUACAUUUCCGCAUCUACAUCAGAGAAACAUUCUUUAUGUAGAAAAGGAAAUAGAGGAAGCUCGGCAGAAGGGAGAGGCCGAUGGAUAUGAAGUGAGUUAUAAUCGACUGGCCUUAGGCCGGCAGAUCGGCAAAGGAGCCUUCGGCCGAGUGUUCCUGGCCAGAGCUGAGGCCAUCGCUGGGGUCGCAGGAAGCUCCAUUGUUGCUGUCAAGAAACUUAAACAUAAAGCCACAGUGGAUGAGGUAGAAGAGUUUCUUCAAGAAAUAUCUAUGAUGAAAAAAGUAGGCCACCAUCCCAAUAUUGUGACGAUGGUUGGUUGCUGUACCUUGACUCAUCCAUAUUGUAUGAUCAUGGAGUAUGUACCUUGUGGUGACCUGCUUGCCUACCUUAGACAGCUGAGAUCUCAACAUGAUAGAUAUCGUCAGCUACAACAGUUCAGUGUAGCAGCUGGGAGUUCUGUAUCUUCAGAUUGUUCCUAUAUCACACCUCUUCCUCCGCCUAGCUGUGCGUCCAGUGUUCAGCCUUCCACACGUUGUAGUGCUAUGAGCAGUAUCGCUGUGGACGGGAUUACACUAGAGGUAGUGCUUGAUCCCAGGGAACUGCACAGCUUCGCCUCUCAGAUAGCCAGAGGAAUGUCCUACUUGGAAGCUAAACAAAUCACUCAUAGAGACCUGGCUGCCAGGAACAUUCUGAUAGACGAGAGGAAAACUCUCAAGAUCUCCGACUUCGGCUUGUCCAGGUCGGGCAUCUACGUCAACACCAAAAGACGCAAAGUACCUCUGCGCUGGUUGUCUGUUGAAGCAAUGAGGGACAGUCUCUACUCCAGCAAGAGUGAUGUUUGGGCAUUUGGUGUUGUCCUCUGGGAGAUUGGCACACUGGGAGGUUUUCCAUACCCUACCGUGUCAGACCACGAGCUUUUAGCGUUUCUUCUUUCUGGGAAAAGGCUUGAGAAACCGGACAACAUCUCCGACGAAUUAUAUUCGCUGAUGGAGGUUUGCUGGAGUCAGUCCGCAGACGACCGACCUUCAUUCAAGGAGAUCGUGUUCCAGCUAGACUCCAGUCCCCGGAAAUCUGUCUAUGUUGACUUCCUCCCAAACCAACAACUUCCGCCUACUGAACAGGUCUCCGCUCCAUCCACAUCUACACCCUCUGUUAAAUAA